CCUAUAAAUACCCAGAGUUUCUGGCUGUGGCUUAGUGGAGCUGCCCCUGAGAAGCAGAGGAAGGAAGCAGGGCGUCCAAAGGGGACAACCCCAGAAAUGUGGAGAAGCCUGGGGCUUGCCCUGGCUCUCUGCCUCCUCCCCGUGGGAGGAACAGAGAGCCAGGGCCAAAGCUCCUUAUGUAGGCAACCUCCACCCUGGCGCAUAGGAGAUCAAGAUCCAAUGCUGAACUCUUCUGGUUCAGUGACUGUGGUUGCUCUUCUUCAAGCUAGCUGAUACCUGUGCAUUCUGCAGGCAUCUAGAUUGGAAGACCUGCGACUAAAACUGGAGAAAGAAAGAUAUUCUAAUAUUUCCUACAUAGUAGUUAAUCAUCAAGGAAUCUCUUCUCAAUUAAGAUACAUACACCUUAAGAAUCAGGUUUCAGAGCAUAUUCCUGUUUAUCAACAAGAAGAAAACCAAACAGAUGUCUGGACUCUUUUAAAUGGGAAUAAAGAUGACUUCCUCAUAUAUGACAGAUGUGGCCGUCUUGUAUAUCAUCUUGGUUUGCCUUAUUCCUUCCUAAAUUUUCCAUAUGUAGAAGAAGCCAUUAAGAUUGCUUACUGUGAAAAGAAAUGUGGAAACUGCUCUCUCAUGACUCUCAAAGAUGAAGACUUCUGUAAAAAUGUAUCUUUGGUUACUGUGGAAAAAACAACCAAAGCUCCACAGCCCCAUCACCACCAUCACCACCACCACAAGCAUCAUCACCAUCACGGGCAUCGGCAUCUUGGGAGCAGUGAGCUUUCAGAGAAUCAGCAACCAGGAGCACCAGAUGUUCCUACUCACCCCCCUCCUCUAGACCUUCGUCACCAUCAUAAACACAAGGGUCAGCACAGGCAGGGUCACCCAGAGAACUGACAUAUGCUAGGAAGUGAAGGUUUACAACUUGCACAAAAGCUCUGACAAAAGAAAUGUAAAAAUCAAUUACUCUGAAAGUUGUCCCAAGAUUCAGAGUUGGCUCCUAGUAGCUGAUGCUGAUAUUGUCGACAUCUGAUAUUUGAAAAUACAGGGUCUGCAAUCACCUGACAGUGUAAAGAAAACCUCCCAUCUUUAUGUAGCUGACAGGGACUUUGGGCAGAGGAGAAAGUAAUUGAAUCUUGUCAGUGACGUUUGCCUCCAGCUGCCUGACAAGCAAGUCAGCAGCUCAUUCCCACAGAAACCAGCCCUAAGUGAAGAUGAGCUAUUAAAGAAAAAAAGUGAGAAUGACCUUCAAACUAAAUACUUAAAAUAGGAUAUGUUCCUCAACUCAGUGUAGACACAAUUUCACUUCUAGCAUUUUUAAGAACUACCAAAUUAAUCAGUGAGCCAAAAACAGAUUUGUGCAAACAAGGAGGAAUCUACUGGCGUAGCUUCCAGAUUUAAAAUUUUAUGUCAUAGUAAUUUUAACCCAAAUCCUGUGUUUAUUAUGGGGCAACUGCAAGGUGAUUUCAGGUUUUGGUGUCUUUUUUUUUCUUUUUCCAAUGUUCUAAUUGCAUUAAUGAGAACAAAAACAUAAACUAUGACCUAGGGGUUUUUGUUGGAAAGUGAGCAAUUUAGAAUGGAGGAAGAACAACAGAGACAUGCUUUCCAUUUUUUUCUUUACUUAUUUCUCAAAACAAUUAUCUUUGUCUUUUCAAUCUCACAUUUUUAACAGAUUAAAUAUCUUUAAAGAAAGAUAUUUUAAAAUCCAGAAAUACUUAACACAUGAAUGUUUUGCUAAAAAGCACAUAUGACUACAUUUUAAAUAUCCAUUUAUCAUUUUUAUAUCUAGGACUUAUAUCUCGAUUUUUAUUAUCACAUAUGAAAGCCUUUGUAUCUUGUCUUCUUUCUCUAACAUUGUAUUUUACUCUUCUAAAAUUUGAGUGGCUGUCUUGAAAGAUGUAAAAGGAAAGGAUAAAGGAAUGUUGUGUAUCUCUAGACUGCUUAGAAAGUAUUUCCAUAAUCCAUGAUGGUUUAUUAGGUAAAGUAAACCCUGUAAACCUGAACUCCUUUAUGGCUAAUACAAAUAAGCAAGAAUGCAGCACCAAAUUGGCUAAGGUAGGGAUUUGUCUAAAUAAACUCAAUUUUUCAAAGUUUGAAAA